UUAUUUUUUUUGCUCAACUUGAUAAUUUUGAUAAGUUUUUUUGCAAUUUUCCAUUCCAAAAUUUGUUUUAAAAGUUUAAUUAAUCCAAUUUUAAGACAUAUGUGUUGUUAAAAUUGAUUAUUUCAAGAAACUACAUCUCUUCGAAGGCAUUUACAUCUUCUCCUGCCAAAAUGAACUUAGCUCCAUUGCUGAGGGAGCUCCCACAUCGAGCUCGAUUCGUACCGCUUUCUCGUAACUAUGCCCCAAAGUCCAGACGAAUGAAGCCUGCAGAAGAAAAAGAUGCUAGUAUACCGAAAAACACCCUAGAACAGCACAUCUCAGCUCACCGUCAAAAAGGUAACGGAUUACCAUACGACAGCAAACCAUUUAAAAUGUAUCUAGAAGCCGGAAAAACGUACACUUGGUGUUUAUGCGGACAAGGUCACACUCAGCCCUUAUGCGACGGUACCCAUAAAUUCUAUCUUUGGGAUAUAAAACUCCGCCCAGUACGUUUCUCCGUAUCCGAAUCGAAAGAAUACUACCUGUGUUGUUGUAAACAGACGAAAAAUCGUCCUUUCUGCGACGGUUCCCAUAGAUCACCCGAUGUCAUAGAAGCUUGCAAAAAUAAAUUCACUUGUACCGGUUAAGGGGUUAAUUUUGUACAAUAUCGUGUACAUAGUUAGAAAUUAAACAAUUUUCGUUAUUUUAAUAA